AUGGACCUGAGGCAGACCUACCCACUGUUCCUUGUAAUUCUGGGUAGUAACAGGUACCAGGAAUGCACGUGGGUGGAACACAAUGACAAAGAACUGGAAUGCAAGCUGGAGCAGCAGGUGGUGGAGCUGGAGGAGGAGAACCAGAAGCUGCUGGUGAAAAACCAGCUCCUGCGGGAGAAGACGUGUGACCUCGCUCUGGAGAACCAGGAGCUUCGCCGCCGCCUGGGCCUAGACGCUCUGAAGACGGAGGAGGAGAGCGAGUCCAAGGUUGUGACGGAAUCGCAGGUGGAUGAGAUUAGGUUGGUGACCGGGUCCGCUGAGUCCGCAGCACUCAGACUACGUGUUCCUGCAGCAGGUGCAGGCCCAGCAGUCACCAUUUCUGAUAACUUCCACAUGGAUUCUGAUGGCAGUGACUCUUCAGACUCAGAGUCUGAUCUCCUAUUGGGCUUUCUGGACAGUCUGGACCCAGAGAUGUUUCUCAAAUAUGCUGAUUCAGAGUCAGCAUGCCUGGAAAAGCUGGAGGAAGAGAUCUGUGGAGAAACAAAUUCCAUACCAGCCUCCCCCUCUCCCUCUUUGGGGUCCCCAUCAGCUAAGCUGGAGGCCAUUAAUGAACUGAUAAGGUUUGAUCAUGUGUACACAAAGCCCCUAAUACUGGAGAUUCCUGUUAAAAUGGGCAACCAAACCAAUACGCUAGUGAAAAUUGAGGAAUUAUCUCUCUCUCCAUCUGAAGACAAAGCUAUCCCUGAGGUCCCAGUAUCUGUGAAAGAAGAACCUGUAGACAGCUUCGUGCCUGAACUGGGCAUCUCUCAUCUGCUUUCCUCUCAUCGUAGCCUUGCAGCCUCAAGCUAUCUGUUGGAUGCCUGUAGUGACUCUGGAUAUGAAGGAUCCCUGUCGCCCUUCAGUGACAUGUCCUCUCCGCUUGACAUUGACCAUGCUUGGGAGGAUAGCUUU